UGCCACCCAGCCCAGCCCAGCCCAGCCCUCCCUCUUCUCUCUCCUCCCUUCCUGCCUGCCUUCCUUCUCCUCCUCCUCUGCCAUCGCCACACCCACUCACUCCAUAGCCACCCCGCCUCUGGCUGCCAUCGUCGCUGCAGCCCUGGCUCUUCAUCGCCGUCUGCGCUCCCCGCGUGUUGUUGCUCUCUUAUAUUUUGCGCGAUUAUCUGCCCAACCAGGUACCGUUGAUCGCGUCAGUGUUGCCGUUGGGUAGAAACUUUGGACGAUGUCAGUGGGAGAACGAUUCGUGAAGUUGCACACAACCUCGCAUUCAUAAACUCAGAAAAGCAGUUCGCGCACUUGGAGCUUUAACAAGAAUGGUGGAUAGCGUAUGAAGCGUGAUUUGGGGGUUGAAGAGUCACCACAUUCACGGGCAAUGUGAGGGAACUUUUGAAUUUCUUCCGAAUUCUGCUUGUCGGGAAGAUUUUUUUGGUGAGAUGGAUUGUUUAAGGCUUUAUGGGGAUCACAUGGAGGGGAGCGAUGAAGGAGAAGCCCAUAAGAUUCAACCUGAGUUUACUGAGAUCACAAUGGUGGUGCAAACACAGGAAACCAUGGAAAUAGAGGUUGUGGAGGGUGGGGAUUAUAAAUGCAAUGUCGAUGAGCAGGAAGAUGAUUUCCCAUAUAUUGAAGGUCGUAGUAAUGUAAACAGCAAGGAAUUGGAGGUUUUUGAACAAGGGGGUCUGGAGUCUUUUGCGGAGGUGGGAAGGGGGUCUAUUAAUGCAAGUGUGGUUCCAGAAAAUGAGAAAAAUUCUCAAGAUAUCAUUCCGGUAGUCCAUUCUGAAUAUGGAUUAGUUGACUUAAAUAGAGAGACUUGCGAAAUGGAUGUCAAUCUUACGGUACCAGCGAGUGAUGCGCUAAUGACAGAGCAGGAUGAAGCACUUUUGGGAGGAGAUACGGAAAUGAUUGAAGAGUUUGGUGAAGGCACUGCGGCAUUGGAGCAAGCUGAAAUCAUUGACAAGCAUGCUACGACCUCAGUUGAGGUUGAAAAUGGCCAACUCGUGGCGGAUUUGGAUGCUUCUAGGGAGGGGGAUGUGGGAGUAGAUGUUCACCAGCAGCUUGUAGAAAACGUUACAGGAAACGUGGCAGUGGAUGUGACAGCAGUUUCAGGUGACGGAUCUAGUGGAGAGGCCUGUUUGGAUGUUCCUACUAUAGCCCCUGGUGCAUGUUCAGCACAGGAUGGCGGUUGGGUUACGAAGGAUGCAGAUCAACAAGAAACAGGAACUUCGGAGCAUGUGGACACUGAGAGAAAAGAAAGUAUUUCUGUUCUAGGAGAUGAGAAUGAUACCGAUGGUGACAAGGGACCAUCCGAGAACUUGAAAGAUAUCUCCAGCGCUAAAGUGGAUCUUGUUUCAUCUUCUGCCCCUGAAUCAUUAUUCAAUGAUGCGAACCGGGCCCAAUUGCAAGCCCAAAUCCUUGUGAUGGGGAUUUUGCGGAAGGGUGAUAAACCUGGCGAGGAUCUAUUGAAGUCUGCAUGUCCUGAAAUCUGUGAAGGCCAUUCAGAUCUCGGAGAUCCAUCUUCUUCGAAAAAGAGGAAGUCCUCUGAUAAGGAAGCAGCACCGCAAGAGGCCGGUGAAAAGUCUUCUGGCCGCGGUGGGAUUGCAACUGAUCUGAUGACAUCUGUGAAGGUGAAUCUUAACUUGCGUCGAGAUGCAUCUGAGAACGCUGUGAUUCUUGAGGAUGAUACAGACAGACAACUUCGCGCAGCGCAGAUUACUGCUCAUGAUGCAAUGACAACUGCCGCUUCAGCUCUUGCUCAAAGCCAUAUAACUUGGGCUCAGAUCCGAACCAAGGAUCACUCAGAGAGAGGAAUUGCUAGGGAGGCUCAAAUAGCGUCUGUGGCUGCCACUGUUGCGGCUGCUGCUUCAGUCGCGAAGGCCGCUGUCGAGGCUGCAAAAGCUAUCGCGAACGUGUCCAUUAAGGCUUAUUGGCAAGGUGGAGGUCAGAUUGCUUCGAACGGGAAAUCCUCUGCUUCGCCAAGUAAGGGGAAGGGAAAAUCUACGUCAACUAGGAGUCCGAAGUCAGAAAUGCUGGCAUCCGUUGUUAAAGCCGCUGAAAUGGCCUCUGAAGCUGCCACACAGGCGGGUACAGUCCUGGCUUUGGCCAACCCGUUGACGCAAUCUGGUGGUGCUGAGGGUCCACGGUUGCGCGAAGCAGAUGCAGUGAAGGGAACAGAUAACAAAGGUAUUGGACGCAGUGCAAAAAAGAUCAAAACUUCACGUAAAACAAAGUCUGCAAAAAAGCUGAAGACGGUAUCAGCUUCACCUAAAACAAAGGCGACCAAGACAUCAUCAGUUUUGCCUAAAUCAAAGAUGGCCAAGCUGGCAGCAGCUUCGUCGAAAAAAUCAUCAGUUAAAGCGUUGAAGGAUAAAAUUGGCAAGAAGAAAAUUGGACCUGUUAAAGGAAAAGACACUGAUGAAGGCAAGUCUAAAGGUGGAGUCCAGCAUCUCAUGACGCAAAAGGACAAUAGUCAGCCAGCACCGUUGACCAAGAAAAAGGAACACCAUGAAGAUUUAUUAGAUGCUCGAGCUGAUGUAGACACUAAUCAACAAUCUGAACGUAUUGCAAAAGGCUCAGCAGUGGAGGUCAUGACUGAUGAAGAAGGACUGCGCGGUGGUUGGUUCUCGGGAAAAAUCUUAACGGCGACUAAAACUCAAGCAUGCGUAGUUUAUGAUGAAAUCCUGGAUGACGAUGGCGUUGGUAAAGUCGAAGAAUGGUUUCCUUUCAAGGCUACUGGGCCAUCUUCUGGUCCGCGGAGACAAGUGCGUCCUCUACAUCCGUACAGCUCUGUAAGAGAAGCAGGCUCUAAAAAGCGGCGUCGUGUAGCAUUAGGAUCUCAGACUUGGGCCGUGGGUGACUACGUCGACGCGUUUGUUCAGGAUGGGUGGUGGGAAGGAACAAUUACUGAACUAAACGACCUUGAUGAGACCAAGGUUACCGUCUAUUUUCCAGGGGAAAAUGACACACAAAUUGUGAAGACGUGGGACUUGAGGCCGUCCUUGCAAUGGGAUGGUGGCAAAUGGGCGCCAUGGACAGGUCCCACCGUUAUCCAGUCGCAGGGAAAGACGGGAGGGUCAAGUGGCAUGGUCAAGGAGGACAUUACAGACAAGGGCAGCUCUCCCGAGACAAUUGCUAAAGCCACAGUAAGAAGCUCAAAAAAGGUUGAUGAAACUACUCCUGUCUCAUCUACACGGAAGAGGAAAGCUCCAGAGCUGAGCGCGAAAGCCACUAACGAGAUGAAAAGUUCAAAGAAAGUGGAAGUUCCCAUUAGCGAGGUCAAUGAAUCUACUCCCACUACCAGAUCCACUCGGAAGUCACCCGAUGGUAAGAAACAAGAGAGUUCGACAGCGGCCAAAGUGUCUAGCCAGAAGAAGUUGCCCAUUAAGCCAUCGGACAACAGAAAAAGCAGUGGCAGGAACACGAAGCCUACCAGCAAAGAAAAAGAGAAGGAUUCCAGUACUGUUGCGUCGCCGAAGAAAAUUGACCUCAACGUUGGCAAAACUUCAACGAAGGCUGUGAAAAAGGAUGAAGUGCCUGAAGUUGCCAUGACCAGGACCAGAGGAAAAGUCAAAGCCGAGGAGCAGGAAAAGAAAAGACCAAAAAGACGGUGAUUGGUUUCAAGGCUUAAGUGGUGGUGGUUGUGAUUUUUACAUAGGUGUGAUGACCUCAAAUCAAUGAUGCGCCACACCCCGAGAAGAAAACCGUCCUUUAUCGCCUUCCAAGCAAUGUCUUGUUUGUCAGAUUUAGUCAUCAAUGGUAGGCAGCCAAAGCUGUAGACCACACCAAAUCGUAGUUUUGGUUAGCUACAGGGAUGAAAUCCUCUGCUACUGAAGCAGGACAGGCAGGACUACUUCGUCACUAAAGUGUCAAAAACAUUUGAUAACGGCCAUUCAAGUUUAUUUAGUUCUUUCUUUUUACUAUGCUGGAUGAGUAUAUUUGAGAGGAGUAUACAGUAAUACGAGUUGAUUUUUGUCCUCAAUCGAUGAUGCUCAAGCGCCAGGUGUGCAGAAUGGUUGCAAUUUGUGACCAAUAACACCUUUUGCAGCACUAUUGUAAUGUUUUCGACUUUUGUAAUUGUAUAUGGCCUUAGUUCAGAAGUUGUAAA